AUGGAUAAGGUCCUUCCUAUCCAACAUCCACAAGUACGAUGUAAUCUUCUUUCUUUGACUUACAUUGUUACAGAAACUUCCUUUCUUUUUCUUUUUAACUGUCUCCCCCCCCACCCGACUAUUGCUUUUCUUUCUCUUCGCUUCCUCUCUUUCUUCUACUCUCAUUUUUCGCUUCCUCUUUCUAUUUUUUUUUUACUAUUCCUUUACAAUUCUCUUGAUAAAAUUUCACGUCGUUCGGCUUCCAUUUUUCUCUUCGUCCAUUUUCUUCCCCGUUCCUAUCUCCUCUUUAUUUGUUUCUCUACUAGAUGCAAUGAAAAUACCAAGUGUUUUAUAUUUCUUUGUGAAUAUAUCUCCAUCUAUCUAUCUAUCUAUCUAUCUAUCUAUCUAUCUAUCUAUCUAUCUAUCGCAGGAUCAUGCUCGCGCACACUCACACACAUGAGUGCUUCGCUGCCGUAUUUCUCUCUCUCUCUCUCUCUCUCUCUCUCUCUAUCUAUCUAUCUAUCUGUCUAUCUGUCUCUGUGCGUUUUUUUGUCGACAGCCAAAAUAAUGCUUAUCUAUCUAUCUAUCUAUCUAUCUAUCUAUCAAUCUAUCUAUCUAUCUAUCUAUCUAUCUAUCUAUCUAUCUAUCUAUCUGCCUAUAGUCUCAUUAGCCGUCCUUCCUUUAAAAACUUCAAAAGAGUUCUUUAGUUUCCAAUUCAUUCCAUUAAUUUCCAUAUCUAUCUAUCUAUCUAUCUAUCUAUCUAUCUAUCUAACCUAA